UUUCGUAAGUCUCUAAGCUUGCAACCACUGAUCCUCUUUUGUUUGCACGUCCUGAAAAAAUUAAGAGGACGCCGAGAAAUUAACGCUGUGUGUCGCCCUAAGCAAGAUGGGGUACUGGAAAAAUAAGGUUCUUCCGAAGAUAAAGAAAGUGUUCGAGAAAAACGGAAGCAAGAAGGCCGCUGCUGAGGCGUGCAAGUCAUUUGAUGACUCCAAGGAAGAGAUUAACAAAGAAUUCGAAGAGAAUAAGACUGAGCUCCAGCCCAAGGUUUUGAAGAUCUAUGAAGCUUCCUCCACUGAGAUCAAGAUUUUAGUCAAGGAACGUACUAAAGCCGGGAUAAAGAAGCACUCCAGCCUUGUCACCAAUUUUAUUGAUGAACUCGCGAAGAUUGAGUUCCCUGGAUCGAAGCACAUAUGCGAGGCUGUAUCCAGUUUGGGGCCGGGCAACGUCUCGGCUCCCGUAGUCUUCAUACUUGAGAAGGUGUCCACCUUGGUUCCGGCCGACGAGACCUCGGUGGCCGCAACUGAGAAAGAAGUGGCCAUAACUGAGGAGGAUAAGAAGGCACAGGAAUCAGUAGAGAAGAUUGAAGGCAAGACAGUGGAGGAUGAGGAAACAAUCUCCACGCCGCCACCUGCAGCUGAGGGGGCGGCGGCGCCGGCUUGAUAAAUCGUGUUGGUGAAGGAUUCGAAAACAUGAUUGAUCGUGGUGGUGUCCUUAUCAUUAAGCUGUCUCCAGAUUUAGUAUCUUGUGGAAUAUUUUUGUCAGUUGCCGCUCAACCUCACAUGCAUUGUUUAUUAUUACUAUAUUUUGUUAGAUGCCUUCCUAUCUUAGUGACUUUAUGUAUUUAAUUGUGUUGGGUUCCUUGUAUGAUGGCUUGAAUUUGUUGCAUUUAUAUGUAAUUAUCAUUUAUGAAAUUAAAACGUUUGUUUUUUUU